UAUAAGUCCAAACUACAUACCAGCAACAUGUUCAAUGACAUGGGUGGAACGCUAGUGUUUACAAUUGGGAUAACAUAGUCAGUCAACAUGUAAGCCUACACUAGUAUUAAACCGCUGGAAAUAUUCAGCGUAAUACCAAGAAUGCUCAGAAAUUGCCAUAGCACAGUGCGGUAGAUUUCGACGCGGAUAGGAGGUUCGCGGCCCUUUCAGCGGUCCGGGACGGUUUCAUUCUUGCGAAAUCUUUUGUGUUUGCCGACACGAUAAAGGUCGGAGCAAAGGUUAAAAAUUCUACAAAUAUCGACUGUUGUUAAGUUCCAACUAAAAGUGCUGUAUUUACGGUUUGACUUUUGACCGAUGGUGAGCCUCGGCCAGCAGAUGGCGAGACUUGAUCGGAGAAUUCGCCGGGUCGCCCUGCUCGCUGGUCUGGUGAUCGGCUCUCUGUUCCUCGCGGAGUAUUAUGCCUACUACAAGAAUAGUCCGGAAGGGGAAAACGUCAAAAGCAAUGACGUCUUGAAGAACGAAGUCUUGAAAUCAGUUAAGAAACCUGAGAUAAACAAGAAACCUCAAAAGACACCCCAGCAGAUCGACUCCAGUAAAUCAUCUAAGCUUGACUUUCUCAAGACGCAGGAAGCAGUUCAGGCCAAACGGAAGGCGGUCCUGCGCGGCACAUGCGAGCGUCGCGACAUCAAAGCCGAGCCGGAACCGCCCAAAUUCACCAAGCAACACAUCUACGUAGUGGACAAGUACAAAGUCAUGUACUGCUUCGUGCCUAAAGUCGGCUGCAGCAACUGGAAGCGGAUCCUGAUGGUCCUGAACGGAGAGAAGGAGAGCGUAGAAGGCCUGACCUCAGAUGAGGUGCACCUUAGGGCACAGAUGAAGUUCUUGAACUCCUACACUCCGGGGCAGCAGGCCCACCGUCUCAAACACUACCACAAGUUUUUCUUCGUCCGGGAGCCCUUCGGCCGCGCCCUCUCCGUGUACCGAAACAAGUUCGAGAACGUCGACUACUAUCGCGGCAACCAUCAGUUCCAUCGCUUCGGGAAGCAGAUCGUGUCAAAGUUCAAAAAGAAGCCUUCUGCCCAUGAUCGGAGCACGGGUGAAAACGUCACUUGGACAGAAUUCGUGGAAUAUCUCACCCACCCAACGGAGCGAGCCGAGGUGGAAACAGACAUUCACUUCAGCGAUCACUGGAAAAGGAUGCACACACUCUGCUCUCCGUGCACCAUCGACUAUGACGUCAUCGGUAACCUAGAAACCGUCUCCGAUGACGCUCAGUACGUACUGGAUUUGCUCAAAGUGCCUUCUAAAGUCCGCUACCUGUCAUCUGGAAACAGUCGACCCACCAACAGCUCCUCAAGCAGGACUUUCGAGAAGUACUUCUCGCAGUUGAGUAGGUUACAGUUGACUAAACUGUGGGACCUUUAUAAACUGGAUUAUGAACUUUUUGGUUAUCCAAAACCUGAAGUUGUUCCUAGUUAACGUUGUGGAGUACAAGUUAGCCUCUUUUCAAGUCUUAGUGAGAGGGGAAGAUUAGAAUGAUUAUAAUUAGAAAACAAUCAAACAACUCGUUGCUUUUUGAUUAUUAUUAUAUCAGUCAGCUGAGUGUCUUCGAUUGAAAUUCAUUUACGGUGCAUUUAAUUUAAUUUGAUUUAAAACGAGGAAUUCUCUUUAACACGUAUACAUAAAAAAAGUGAAGUUUGUACAAUUUAUUUGCGUUUAUUUUUCGUUUAGUUUUACCCUUUGUGUUUUUAAACACACAAUCGAAAUCCACGCAUUGGGUAUGUGCAAUAACUCAAUUUCCACUGGUGACAAAAACAAUCGGAAUCAAUGUUCUGGUUUUAAUUUAAUUCGAUUUUCCAUACAACCUCUCAUGCUACACUCAUGGCAUCCGGACAAUGAUGACAUUUUCAAUUACUAAUAAUUUCCAUACGCCACAUUGUCAGGCAACAUCAAAACAGCGCCCUCAGUUUAACAAAAUAAAGCAAUGGAGAUUGCAACCAGUGAAAA